GUAUUCCAUUAAUACUCCCUAGUCUCCCCCCUUACGACCCACCAACCCCUUUUCUACAUUUCUCACCUUAAAACCCCGCUAAACUCUCUCAAAAUAGUAUUUAGAUCCCGUAGCUUACCAUUCGAUUGAGUGGGUAUUCGCUCUCUCUCUCCUCCCUUUUUGCUGUAGCCAUGUCCGAGGUCAUCUCCGAAGCGUGGACCGCUUAUCUCAAGCAACUCCAACUCCACCCUCUGAGAACAAAGGCGAUCACUUCUGGGGUUUUGGCUGGUUGCAGCGAUGCGAUUGCUCAGAAGAUCUCAGGGAUCAAGAGGCUCCAAAUUAGAAGGUUGCUUCUGAUCAUGCUUUAUGGCUUUGCUUACUCGGGGCCAUUUGGUCACUUUCUGCACAAGCUUAUGGAGAUUAUCUUCAAGGGCAAGAAGGGGAAAGAAACCGUGGCCAAAAAGGUCUUGUUGGAACAGUUGACUACUUCACCGUGGAACAACAUGUUCUUUAUGAUGUACUAUGGGUUGGUAGUUGAGGGCAGGCCUUUUAGUUCAGUGAAGAGCAAGGUCAAGAAGGAUUACCCAUCUGUCCAAUUGACUGCUUGGAAGUUUUGGCCACUUGUUUCUUGGGUGAACUAUCAAUAUAUGCCUCUCCAACUCCGAGUUCUUUUCCACAGCUUUGUUGCUUCGUGCUGGGCUGUGUUUUUGAACCUAAAAGCGCGAUCAAUUACUGUUAAGAAGGCUUAAUUUGAAGCUAGAAACCAUGAUAGGUUGGCUGCUACAUAGCCUCUUCUCUUUCCAAGCUUCGGAGGGUCCUUAAUAGAUUAUUCAUCAAAUUAAUAGUUUGUUGCCACAUCCCUGUGGACACAAUAUGAUGAGACAUCAUUACUUUGUAUGAUUUUAUAUUUGAAUAGAAGUGUUUACUGGCUUGUUCUGCCGCAACGUGAUCCUGGUUCCAUAUCAAUGAUAGUCUCUUAACAUGUUGCAUUUUGUUC